GGCCGGGAAGCGCGGCGGCGGCGGCGGCGGCUCGCGGAGUAGCGGGUAGCCGAGUGCGGAUCUGUGUGUGCCCCUUCGGUCUCGGUCCUGUCCGCGUUCGGCCCCUGCGCGGCUCACCUCGCUUCUCGGCGCCAUGACCACUACCACCACCUUCAAGGGUGUGGACCCCAACAGCAGGAACAGCUCUCGAGUUUUGCGGCCUCCAGGUGGUGGGUCCAAUUUUUCAUUAGGCUUUGAUGAACCAACAGAACAGCCUGUGAGGAAGAACAAAAUGGCCUCCAACAUCUUUGGAACACCUGAAGAGAAUCCCCCAUCUUGGGCUAAGCCAACAGGUGCCAAGUCUAGUGGAGGCAGGGAAGAUUCGGAGUCUCCUGGACCACAGAGAAGUAACUCCUCUGAAGCAAGCUCUGGAGACUUCUUAGAUCUCAAGGGAGAAGGUGACAUUCAUGAACAUGUGGACACAGACUUCCAAGCCAGCCUGGGGCAGAGUGACGAGAAGCCAGUGCCUGCUGCUCCCGUUCCCAGCCCGGUGGCCCCGGCUCCUGCGCCAUCCAGGAGAAACCCCCCUGGCGGCAAGUCCAGCCUGGUCUUGGGUUAGCUCAUACUGUCAGAACUCUGUCUUUCUGUUUGUUUUCUCCAUGCUUGUGAACUGCACAACUUGAGCCUGACUGUACAUCUUUUGAUUUGUUUCAUUAAAAAAGAAGCACUUUAUGUACUGCUGUUUCUGUUUUCUUCCCUGCUUUCUCGUUUUCUUAUUUUGAAGAACAGGUUUCUGUGUCUCUGUCUGACUCCUGGGUCUGUGGGCCAUGGCAUGAAUGUUUUCUAGUAGUAGAUUGGAGUAGUAGAUUGUUUUUAAGAACAAAGGCUCUGGUUCCCAAUGUUAGAGGCUCUUUUGUACUGGGGUUUUGACACUGUACUUGGCUUACUGUAAUGGGACAGACAGCAGGCCACAGCACUGCCCGGCAGCCCUCUGCACCAGUGUCUAAAGCAGAGCUUCUUGGUGCCACCCCACCACCACAGUGCCCUUUGCUAAGUGCAUCCUCCUGUGCCAUAUGGAAUGACUAAGGGGCCUGUGCCUCACACCUCGCUGCCUGCAAAGCAAAGGAACUGCCUUUUACUUUUAACCUCAAGAAGCAAGCCAGGGAGCAACGUGACUGGCGGGCUGGUGAGUGAAGCCUGCCACUCCAGCACAGAGGAAGGCUUCAGAUGUACAAUCAAGCUGCCUGGAAUUACAUGGUGAAGCAUGCCAGGGAGGCAAUCACACAGGAGUGGUUGGAGGUGUGGGUCCCCCCAGGGACAUUGUUCUUACUAAAUAACAUGAUGCUGUGUGCAUGAUGCUGGUGCUUGAAAGAACGUCUCAUCCUUAAAAAAUGUGUUGUACUUCCCAGUCCUGGACUGUUGCUUAAAGUAAACAAUAUCCACCUUUUGAA